UCCACCUACUUUGUCCUUUGGAACCUGCAUCUCUCUCACAGGCCAGCACCGAGGCUCUUCCUUUUUGUUGUUUGUUUGCAAUUCCAUUUAGUUGAUUUGGAGCAUCACUGCGGUUGCAGUCGUCGUCACAAUGGGUAUCAGUCCGCAAAUCACCAACCUCAUGAUCAUCCUUGGAAUGAUGCAAGUCACCAAGAAGAUCCCCUUUGAAGAUGAGAACGUGCUCAACAUUGUUCGCGCCGUCUACAUUGGCAGCAACCUCAUCAUCGCCGGUAUUUACUUCUACAUCCAGCUCCAGAUCAACAAGAAGAAGGACAUGACCACACUCAAGUAUGUUGAGCCCGCACCGAUGGGUUCUUCCGAAGAGGGCAAGCUCGUCACUACCACGAUCUGCGCCUACGACCUUAACCAGCUUCGCCAGGCCUGGCGUGGCCAGCUGAUGGGUGUCGCCAUGAUGUCCUUCAUGCACCUCUACAUGAAGUACACCAACCCCUUGGUCAUUCAGAGCAUCAUCCCCGUCAAGUCCGUUAUCGAGAGCAACCUGUUCAAGAUCCAUGUCCUCGGCCACGCUGCCUCUGGCGACCUCAAGCGACCCUUCAAGCAGGCCCAGGGCUUCAUGAGCGCCAUGCAGCAGGGAGGCGGCUCUGUCCAGAGCGAUAAGAAGGCUGUCGAGGCCGCUGAGAAGGCUGGCCGCGGCGGUGCCAAGGAGGAGUAAAAUGGGCAUCUACAUGUUAUACACGGGAUGUACCAUGAUGGGGCAUGUCAUAAAAGUGGCUCAUUGGGCGCGAAUCUGGAUUGAAAACGUGUAUUACCUUUUUUUGGGACGCCUUGGACCAUAUUUAUUAGCUUGUAAUACCUAAAUUCUCCAUCUCUCGCAUAAUAUUUCCCGAUGCAAGCAAUCUGGUUCCGG